AUGGCUUCAAAAGCAGGGGGACAUAUGCUAAGCACACACUGUGAAGGCUGCAGAGAUCCAGUGAAACGCGCAAUUCUAUACUCAAAGCAAUCCGCAUCUCUUUGUGCAAGAUGCAACGCCCAUGCCUCAGGUAGAUCUUCUUAUGACUACUUCGAGCACGCUGAAAGAGAGGUGGAAAGAGAAAAAGCCUGAAGACGAAAAAGAGUAAGGCAAUUCGAUUCAUGCUCAAAACUAAGGAAAUACGCUUUACUUCUCUCAGAACAAGUAGGCAGCAAGUAUCUCGCAGAUGUUAUCAAGAUCGCAAGAAGAGACUAUAAACUGAUAGAAAAACUGGUAGCGCUCCAUAAAGCCACACCAGCUGAGCAUAAGAUGAACCUGGCGAGGGCAGUAAAAGUAUGCUACAGCAGGGACUAUACGCUGGAGCAGGUGAACAAUUAUUUAAGGCCAAAGGGAUUUCCUUAUGAAAAUGUGGCGAUUAUGUUUCAAGAGCUGUAUGACAAUUAUAUCAGUAGAAAGUAA